AAACCACAAAUUCAAAUAUCUUCCACUACACACAUUAAUGCACUCAGCCCCUACCUAUCCCACAAACCCCUCUUUUACAUCUUCUACCACAUUUUUAUUUUCACCAUUUUCAUGAGAAUUUUUUACACCUUGUUACUCUCAAGUUUGUAUUCACCACAUACAGCUAACCUUAACCCAUACUCAUCAUAUUCAUCACCUCAUUAUUCCUAUUACUACAAUACUUAUCAUCAACAACUCAAACCAACAAAAACCUCUUCCACAAUUUAUCCUCAAUAUCAAACCCACUCUAAAAAUAGAAGAGAUUUUGAGAAGUCUUUUAAGAAAAACUCACAAAAAAUCACAAAAAUCUGCCUCAUUCAUAAGCAUCCUAUUCAAGCUUUGUGAUACUUUGCACCUGCCCCUUUCAAAAAUCCGUAACACACACAAAUCACAAUCAACAACCAGAAAAGUUUUUCAACAACCUUCUGAUUCACAAAAGGAACAGUUUCAAACAGUUAUCCUUGACAAGAAUCAGAAAAAGACCACGAAAUUGAAGAAGGCGUCUCAGAUCCCGAGGACGAGGAGUCAUCGUUACAAUCUGUUUCGACGGAUCCCGAUGACGUUAUCAUCCCCACAAGGAGAUCAAGUUUUCUUCCAUGGUCCUCGAUGUUGAUGUUUGUUCGAGUUCUCUAACUGCUACUCAAACAGUCGUUCCGAUCUUAACCCCAUCCAACAUCUAUUUGGAGCUCCCAGUCGAUAACGUUAUUGCUGUGAAAUCAGCGUCAGCAUUUGAAGUUAAUGGUAUUUUCGAUUUCUCCUCAUAUGUCAGAGAAAAAUUGAAGGACACUAUUUCUAGGGUUUUUGUUGCGGCCAUCAACAGGGCUCUCUUCCUCCUCCUCCAUGAAACUGCCGCCGACUACACCUUGUUUGAGGCUCAUAGAAUCGACAAAAUUGGUCAGAACACUGAAGCUGUUUGGAACUCCGUUUCCGACUUGACCAGCGUUAAAGACGCCAUCAGACAGCAGUGGGUAUCAGAUUUAGUCAGAGCUUGGUAUGACAUUAUUUCUAUGUAUCGUAAUUCUGAUCAAAAGCUAUGCACGGUUGUUUUAGAUUCCAUGAGAAGGUAUAUUUCUUGGAUUGACAUUAGGUUAAUCUAUAAUGAUGUUUUUGUCCCUUUGUUAUUUGAUUUGAUUUUGGUUGGUGCCCCAUCUGAUCAUCUCCAAGUUUGUAAGAGAAUGGAGCCCCAAUCGAAACUACCGUUGUUGCAAAGCCUUCAAAUAAGUGGUGUGUUUAGGUUAGUGACCGAUGAUGGCAAUGAUCAACUGGUUCCUGACUUAGCUGCAUUGUUUUCUAUAUAUGUUAUGGAGGCCUUGGAUUGCUUUAAAAAGAUGAGUUUCGAGGAAGCUAAAGGAGUCUCCAUGGAAGCCCUUGUCGACUUCUGCAGGCAAAAGACAUUUAUGAUUGAUAUGUAUGCUAACUUUGAUAGCGACAUAACUCGCAGUAAUGUUUUUGAAGACCUCGCUAAUUUGUUGUCCAGAAUUGUCCAUUGUCUGCCAUGCAUAUUCUUGCUUUGGAUGGUUUUAUUGCUGUUAUACAGGGAAUGACUGAAGGGACUAAUGGCUCUGUCCAUAACAUACUCAACAAGUUUCUACUGCUUGAUGGUGGAGCAAAAGCAAAUGCAAAUGCAAAUGCAAAUGCUGAAAACACAAAUGCAAAUAUGGGAGCUCAACAGGUUUUGUAUAUUCUGGAUACCUUGAAAGAAUGUUUUCCUUUGUUGUUGCUAACAGAUCAAACCAGCAUCCUGAAGCACUUCGAAAGUCUCUUGGUUCUGCGUCAACCCCUAGUGUCAAACCAGCAUUCUUCUGCAGUCUCGGAAAAGUCUGCUUCCAAAAUAAAUGAGAUGCCUGUAAUCUGAACGAAGCAUUGGACCAAGAAACUGAUGAGCUGACUUCUCAGAAGGGUAUGAAUUCAUCGUCCCACAACCGUCGGUUUAGUUUCAACUUAAGUCGAAUUUGCAGAAGUUUCAGUUUCAAGGAAGGCUCGGUGGUUUCACAUUUUGGUUCUAAGUAUGUUUGUUCAAAGUCUGGUCCAGUGACUCCUGAAUCUUCUAUUCAUUGGGAUAAUUCAAGCAAAGAAAAGAAGAGCAAUCAAAACAGAACAAGAUCAACUCCUCUUGGGAGGAUAUUAGACCCAAUAUUGAAGCAAUGCUAUUCUGUUUUCUUGGAGAACUACUCGUGUCUCUCAACAAAACACAAGAGGUGUGUAUUGAAGUCUUUCAUUCCAAUUUCGAAGUUUGUGUUGCAAAUAAUCAGUGACAAUUUGUUAUUCAAGCAAUGGGAUCCAGGAACAAUGUCUUUAUUCUCAUAUUGAUUUUACAACCUUGAGGACAAGAUUGUUUUUGAAGGGGUUGGCAAUGAAAGAGAAGAGAAAUUAUUUAGAUAAAUAAUUUAGUUAUUUAAAUUAAUGCCUAAUUUAUAUUAGUAGUACUUUUAUUUGUAUUGUUAUGUAGUUGGGCUUUUAUUAGUGUUUGGGUUUUCUAGUUUAGUAUCCACUAUGAGUACUAUAUAUGUAGUCCCUUGAGACAUUGAUGAGUUUCAAAAUCAAAUGAAAAAGUCUUUUAUCUUCCUUUA